CUGGAAGGAGAUGAUGAUAGUACGUUAGCGAAGAAAGAAAAUGAGACAGGAACAGAGAAAAAACCUAACAUUCCAAAUAAAGGAGCUUUGGAUACAUUAAAGCGGACGACUCCGCAAAAAACGAAUUUGUUAUCUACAACUUCACCAAAAAUAUCUUCGGUCGCUCCAGCCACGGUUUCGAGUUCUAGUCAAGAUAAGAAACCAGCUACAACCCCUGCACCAAGAGUUAGAAUGAGUAAUACAUUUAUGGAUGCAUUAAUGGACCCAGUAAAUAAGAAACCAGCAGUUAAGUUGAUGAAGAAAAAACCUGCCGUUGUGAAACCAGCAUCAUCAGUUAUGCCGAGUGUUAUGGAGGGGCUUUACAGCGACACUUCGAAAUCAUUGAAUAAAGAGAAAGAAAAAGCGGACCAAACUUAUAGCUUGUCUAAAAAAAUCGAGGCAGAGGAAACGGAUAUCGCAUCAAACCGAAAGAUUCGAUUUGCUGAUGAAUUCGGCCAGGAACUUGUACAGAUUCGCUUAUUUGAAGUUGAAGAGGGUGAAAGAUUAAAUGUCAGCAAACUGUCUUCCGAAGAUAUGAAACAUUUGGAGAUGCAGCGUGAGCGGUCGUUUAUGCGAGAAUUUGGCAUAAUGUCUGAUUCCGGACGAGCAAAGAAUGAAGGCAUCACUUAUAUUCCGACUGUCGAAAAAACCGAUUUCGCAGGAAUCUCAUCAUCAGUCGAAUUCAAUAGUUCACAGUUAAAGAUGUUUGUUGUUGCUGAAAGUUCAUUAAUCUUUAUGAUUCGUGAAUGUGGAACUCCAAGAAAGAUUAUUAAUUUGAUUGAGUGGAAGUUGAAAGAAUUGGAUAAUGCAUGUUGUCUCAUUGAAAGAGGCUCGCAAAGUGAAGCGAAAUUGAUUGAAGAUGAGCGUCAAAAAACAGUGAUGAGGCCAUUCUAUGGUCCUUCGAUGGUAGCUGAAAUGGUCGAUGCUGACGAAGAAAUCGAAGUGAUCCCACAUUCCAUUGUUAUAAUUCCUCUUGAAAUGCUUGAAGAUGAAAUCCAAACUUCCGAUUCAUCUAUCCACAGUAUGCAACAGGAACCUGUUAAAGAAACAGUUAUUCCAGGACCCAUUGCUGACCAACUUAAAUCCAUCGAUGUUCAGUAUUUUAGCAUCUUGAAUCUUCAGAAACUGAUGAUGCAACUUAAAAAGACUGGGAUUGUUUCAUCUGGAUCGGAUUUGGCUAAUAUUCUGAAUAAAGUUUCCUCAAGUGGUGUAUCACUGACGGCAUCAACCACUACUGCAUCAAUUCCGAACAUAUCUGCUGCUGUAAACACAACAAUCGGAACACAUAGUUAUGCACAAGUGGAUCCGAUUAUGGCUUCUGCCUGUGCACAAAGUCAUACUGGAUUAGCGCAUGGUUAUGCAAUCUCUGUUGGUCAGUUUUUGUUACCAACGGCUCAACCACAGUCACAAUCGUCACACCAGCCGUUAUUGAAUGGUCCAGUGCCGGCAGGUUUUAUUCCUACUGUUGGCGUUGAUCCCGCACCUCAAAACAUUCCAAGUUCAUCUGAUUCUUAUUAUGGUGCAGGCUAUAUUCGAUUUUCUUCCAAGCCAUGCACAUUUUAUCAAGCCGGUUCAUGCAAUUAUGGAUCACGUUGUCGAUUCUCUCAUGGUGAUGAACCAACUGCUGCUACACAUGGUGGGGCUUUUGGUCGAUUUGGUUGUUAUGAUGAUCGAGGCAGAGGUCAAGGUCGUGGUGGUCCUGCAAUGCGAGGCAUUCGAGGAAGUUACAGCAGAGACAGCUGUGACACUGAAUAUAGACGCGGACGUGGAUACCGCCGUGAAUAUUAUGAGCGCGAUCAGGGCAGAAAUGAUCGUGAUCGUCGAGGUUAUGAUCGAUAUGGAAGAAGGCGUAAUCGGAGCCGUUCGCAAAGCAGAAGUAAAUCAAGGAGCCCAUCACGCAAACCCCGUUCUCCGGAUAAGCGCAUUACGCGUGAUCGGGAUGAGCGUACUGAAAAGCGCUUUUCGCGCGAAGAGCGAGAGAAAAAUCAAAAAUCUGCAAUGCAAGAUGAUACAGUCUUAAAAAAUUCAGAUUCAAAGAUGUCUUUAGAGCCUGAAGAGCCUAGUGGGACUGUGCCAAAAUCAAUAUCGCCGGCAACAGAAAAUAUUCCAUCGGAAAUCCAUUUUCCUGCAAAUCCUGCAGCGGUCGAUUAA